AGGUGCCAGCUACCUGAACGAUGCCUCUGGAGCUCCGAGCUUAGAGACAUACGCUGCCCAUCACAUCCCAUCACUGACUGCCUCAACAGGCCAUAGGGCUCAACUCCAGGCCCUUUCCACACCAGCCCGGGCGAGAGAGAACCUGAGUCACCAUGAUAGACCUGAGCCAUCUGACGGAGGAGGAACAGUCGAUGAUCAUGACUGUGCUGAAGAGAGACGAAGAGCUGAAGAAAGCAGAGGAGGAGAGGAUCAAGUGAGUUUGUGAUAGCCAUAUUCUCACAGCUCUGAACCAUGACUGUGUCAUUAGUGUAUUUCCUAGUUUCCACAUCUUAUUUUGAUAACAUUAGUGUUGCCCCACUUAGCAUCUCCACCCUCUAGCUGAAAUUAUAGUUAUGUAAUCAAAUACAUGCUUUGUGAAUUGCAUGUAAAUAUGCUAUAUUGUUUUAGAUAAUGUUUUGUAUUCAAUAUUUUGUAAUUUCUUUAGUGCCUAUUCGUUCCCUUUCAUUCUAUGAGGAGAGUGGUUUCUCUGUCAACCUCCCCCCACCUGUGUGGGAGAGGUAAAAAGCCUGGUGAGGGGAUGUUUGUCUGUCUGUAAUAUAAAACAACUCAGCCGGAUACGGACAUAACCUCCACCACAGAGAGGCCUCAAUGUGAGAUAAGCAAUUAGAUUAUCCCUCCAAUUCAACUUUACAGAACCACGUGGUAGACAAAAAUGCAGGCUCAAUGGUCCGAAAUAGAUACCCUCUGAGGUAGAACACAGAGAUACACCUCACUGCGUUUAACCAUGGAAUCCUGAGGCACAUCCACUACAUAAACAACGUUGUGUUGAUGUAUACUCAGACAGACUUAGAAUUUCUUGUCAUGUCAUUACACAUUCAGACGUGCCAAUUAAGUACAACUGGGUAUCUUAAAUUAGCUUCAGUCUUAAGCCUUCUUGUCAAAGCAGUUCCACAGUGAGAAAAAAGUCGAGAAACAAAGGCCUAUUCACUUUGAUUCUGAAAUGGAGUUGGCCAGACAAGUUUAUUUCUAACAGUAGAAGACUGGAGACUGUCUCUGUUUGGUUGACUUGUCUGUGGCCUUAGUGUAAAAGGAUUAGUGCCAAUCGUGUGUAAUAAUAUGCUCCCCCCUUUCACAUGACCAAGGUUGUUUACCUUCUCCUUUCCACCUUCCUCUCCCUCCUUAAUCCUCCACCCCCUCCCUCCUCCCUUUCUGCGGACUACUUUGCCAAUCAAUUUGAAAAGAAGGUUGAUGACAUCCGCUCCUCAUUCACUCAGCCUAUUGAGUCCACUGGUCCCACUCACAAAGAACUACCCUACGCCUUGACCUCUUUCUCCCCUCUCUCUCCAGAUGAAAUCCUGCGAGUAGUGAGGUCCGGCCGCCCGACAAUCUCUGAAUCACCAUCUCUGGAGAACUUCUCACUUCCCUCAUCAACUCAUCCUUGACCACUGGCUGCGUCCCCUCUGACUUCAAAAUUCCCAAGUCGUUCCCCUCCUCAAGAAACCAACACUCGACUCCUCUCAUGUCAAAAACUACAACCGGUAUCACUUCUUUCUUUUCUUUCCAAAACACUUGAGUGUGCUGUCUCUGACCAACUCUCUCGCUAUCUCUCUCAGAACAAUCUUCUUGCCCUAACCAGUCAGGCUUCAAAACAGGUCACUCAACCGAGACUGGUCUUCUCUGUGUCACGGAGGCUCUCCGCACUGCCAAAGCUGACUCUCUCUCCUCUGUUCUCAUCCUCCUAGAUCUAUCCGCUGCCUUCGACACCGUAAACCAUCAGAUCCUCCUCUCCACCCUUUCAGGGCUGGGCUUCUCAGGCUCUGCACACUUUUGUAUUGCAUCCUACCUGGCAGAUGCUCGUACCAGGUGACGUGGAGAGGAUCUUUGUCUGCACCACGUAUCUCUCCCUACUGGUUUCCCCCAGGGCUCGGUUCUAGGCCCUCUUCUCUUCUCUAUAUACACCAAGUCACUCGGCUCCGUCGUAUCCUCACAAGGUCUCUCCUAUCUUUACUAUGCGGAUGACACUCAACUACUUUUCUCCUUCCCCCCUUCUGACACCCAGGUAGCGACAUGCAUCUCUGCGUGCCUGGCAGAUAUUUCAGCUUGAAUGUCAGCCCACCACCACAAGCUCAACCUCGACAAGACGAAGCUGCUCUUCCUCCCGGGGAAGGUCUGCCCGCUCAAAGACCUCUCCAUCACGGUUGACAACUCCACGGUGUCCACCUCCCAGAGUGCAAAGAACCUUGGUGUGACCCUGGACAACACCCUGUUGUUCUCUGCAAACAUCAAAGCAGUGACUCGCUCCUGCAGGUUCAUGUCCUACAACAUCCAUAGAGUACGACCUUACCUCACACAGGAAGUGCCGCAGGUCCUAAUCCUGGCACUUGUCAUUUCCCGUCUGGACUACUACAAUUCGCUGUUGACUGGGCUCCCCCUUGUGCCAUCAAACCCCUGCAACUUAUCCAGGAUGCUGCAGCCCACCUGGUGUUCAACCUUCCCAAGUUCUCCCAUGUCACCCCGCUCCUCCGCACACUCCACUGGCUUCCAGGUGAAGCUCGCAUCCACUACAAGACCAUGGUACUUGCCUACAAAGCAGCAAGAGGAACUGCCCCUCCCCACCUUCAGGCUAUGCUCAAACCCUACACCCCAACCUGAGUACUUAGUUCUGUCACGUCUGGUCUCUUGGCCCUUCCACCCCUACGGGAGGGCAGCUCCCGCUCAGCCCAGUCAAAGCUUUUCUCUGUCCUGGGACCCCAAUUGUGGAACCAGGUUCCUCCUGAAGCUCCCUUUGCUGAUAGCUUCUUGAUUGAGGAAAAAUGUACAUACUGUGACUGUGAUAUUUGUAUUUAUUAAGGAUCCCCAUUAGCUGCUACCAAGGCAGCAGUUACUCAUCCUGGGGUCCAGCAACAUUAUAUGUGGUUGUCCCACCUAGCUAUCUUAAGAUGAAUGCACUAACUGUAAGUUGCUCUGGAUAAGAACGCCUGCUAAAUUGCUUUGGAUAAGAACGUCUGCUAAAUGACUGAAAUGUAAAAUGUAAAAGGAACGAUGAGUCCUAACCCUGCUAAUGGCAAAACCUUUGCGAUUCCCAAUCAUAAGCACUGUUUCUCUUAUUGUAACAGAAUUAUGUUUCACAAGAACGUUGGCAAACAACAAAGGCGUUGCAGCUUUUCAAAGAUUCAUCCUCUAGAUCCAGUUGAGCCUUUUCUAUAGUUUGCACAUUUGAAAAGUAAACAAAUGCAAUUAAACAUUAUUUGAUUAGAAACCUGAUAUCACUUCCGUAAUCUAAUAAAGUGUGUUAUAUAUGAGGUGGCAUUAGUGAGGACUUGUGUUCAAACAGAUAUGCUGCAGCUUCAGGUGGUUGCCUGUGGUGGUUUACCCAAGGAAUUAUGUUUCCCCCCAUAAUAUGAGAGUAGAGUUACACAGAACGACCAUGAAUAGAAACUAGAAACGGUGUCACUGUCUUGGUCAAACUCGCUUGUUCACUUGACUAUAAAGGCGUAUACUGUAUGUAAUUUCAGUGCAUGUCCAGCAUAAACGUCUUGCUUAAUCACCAACAACGAUUUCAAAGGGAAAUCAUUGUUGAGCUUUCCCUCAUUUAAUAUUGAUUGAAUGAAAUACGUUUUUUCUCCUCCCAAAGAAUGUGAACUAUUUGGCAUAAGCGCUGCAUUGUGUUCCCAUGUCUAUUGGGUUAGAUUGUUAAUUCAUGUGGUGGUAAAUGUACCUUUUCCCGUCAACGUUUAGCCUAUAGUGUGUCUCUCAACCAGAAUAAAUCAAUGGCAUUACCUAAAGGUAAUCACAUCCUUGACUGAACUGUGUUCUAGCCAUGACCUCUUGUGCUUAUGUAAUGUGUUUAAUGGGUAACUGUACCAUACCCUGUAUACUGUAAUGUACCUGGGUGUGUUUUUCCCUUCAGGCAGCUGCAGAAAACCAGCGCCCCAGUGGACAGCAGGCUCAAGUACCUGACAGGAGAGUGGUUUUACGAGGCCAAGUCUCUGAGACACAGGGAUAAGAUCCAUGGCUCCGAAGUCAUCCUGGCCUCCAUGAAGCAGAGGAAAGCAGGUUCUUUAGGUGGGUCGACAACACUGUUCAAACACUAAUUGAGCACUGCAUACAGUAAGGCAUUCUCACGCAAAGAUAAAGAUGUGCAGUACACACAUACUGCCGUAUCAUGAAAGCCAUACAUCAGAGUAGAAUGUAUAGGGAGGGGUGCUACCAAACCACACUGUUUUGAGUUCAAAGUCAGGCCGCAAAGGUACUGUAUUUAGUACUAAACGUUGUAUUAAUAUGUGAAGUUUAUGAUAUCGGGUUUGUAGAGUAUGUUCAGAUCAUCAGCAGAUAUGGGUUAUUGAGUUUAUAGAGAGUGUACUGUAAGCACUUACUGUAUUAUCUGUCUGUCUGUCUGUCUGUCUGUCUGUCUGUCUGUCUGUCUGUCUGUCUGUCUGUCUGUCUGUCUGUCUGUCUGUCUGUCUGUCUGUCUGUCUGUCUGUCUGUCUGUCUGUCUGUCUGUCUGUCUGUCUGUCUGUCUGUCUGUCUGUCUGUCUGUCUGUCUGUCUGUCUGUCUGUCUGUCUGUCUGUCUGUCUGUCUGUCUGUCUGUCUGUCUGUCUGUCUGUCUGUCUGUCCUGCAGAUGGGUCUCUGUCCAGACCCAGAGCAGUCAGCAGUAAAGUCUCAGACAUCACCCCCCCUCCAAAACCUGCCAGGCUCCUGGAGGCACCAACUCAGCCCCGGAAGAACAGGUGAUCCACUGCUGCACUGCACCACACCUCCCACCCCUCUUUCCUCAUUCCUAACCCAUUUCUCUCUCUACUGUAGCCCAUUACUCUUCCCAGUCUCAUGCGCGCGUGCGUGGGUGUCUUAGGUGUGUCUCAUGACUCAAUAUCAGUUUGAGUCAACAUAGGUGGUGCUCACUGCUUACAUGGAAUCUGUCUGCUCUGUUAUAUUACCAGGAUGUGGUCUCACGAGGCUAGGAGUCAGUCACUAUGGGAAUGCUAUAAAAAGUGAUUAUUUUGAGAAGCUGGUAAUUCAAUUAGAGAGGCAUGACAUUUUAUGUGUGGCUGUUAUUGUACAGGUAACGUGCCAGUAUGAUUCUCUGCCCAGUCACUUGUAUUUGAACCGUAAAUAAAGUAAAUACAAAGUGAAGCUUUCUGUUAGUCUUGUAGUGAAGCUUGGUGAGUUUGGCAUGCUAUGCAUGAGGUCAUAUGGGCUGUGUUGACCUCCCUGACUCCCAGUGGGCAACAGCCAGCUCUCUAGGUGAGUCGGCUCUUCCAUAGCCUUGCCUCCCUUUGAUGUCACAAUUAAUGUGAGCAGGCAUCAGUUAUGCGGGAGGCUUGUUCACUGAACAGCCGGUCACAGAGGUGCUCAGGAAUUGAAUGAGGAAGUGCAAAUACUAAGCCCUUUCCUUACAAGGCCACAGUGUAACAGUGGCCCCAAUGUCCAUCUGAUUUGACAUCCAGUAUAAUGUAUCCUGGUGCUCUGAGGGCUACUCAUCUAUAGUAUAAAACCCCAAUUCCUAUUCUAUUCUGAUGUGAUCAUUCUGUCUCCUUUGCAGCGAAAGCCUCAGUAUAUCAAAUGCAGAGAAAGAGAGAUUGAAUUCAGUGGUGCAGUCACCGGGAAGGGUAUGUGAGAUUUCAUUUGCAGAGAAUAUAUGUGACGCAUGAACAGAAUAAACAAACAAAGUAUUUUCAUGCUGUUCUCAAUCACCAUAUCACAGUAUGACUUUUACAAUAUUAUGAAAUAUAGAAUCAUAAACUAAUUGCAUUUCCUAAUAAUUUUCUUAUUCUCAUUCCAGCCAAGGCACAAUCCUUUCAAUCGAGCAUCCCUUAUUCUGGAGGUAGAGAAGACAGAAAAACUGUUAUCCAAUGGAAAUCAAGAGGCUGAGAAAGCAUCUGAAGCAGGUUAGAGUGCAGUGCAUACACCUUUUUACACAAUCAAGCAUUAUGCAAACAUACAGGUACAUUGAAGAAUAGGAGAUUGAGUCAAAUCGAGUAACAUGAUCUUUCAGAAUGCUCUGAGAACAUAUUUUGGCUGAUUUACAAUAGUGCUUUACAGAUGUAGGAUCUUAAUUAUUUUGUUGCAGAGAAUGUUCCUGCACUGCAGAUGAGCUUCGUGAUUUACAUAAAUUCACAAAAAACACACGGCUAUAUUAACAGUAUUGCACUUUUCAUUUAGCCUACUUUUGGCUAGCUAAUAGCAUAAUCACGAUCAAGCAACAUUAUGGACUAAACAUUCAAAUCCUGUUGCUGUGGCAAUAUAGGUCAAAUUAAGAACCUACAUCUGUAGUAAGGUUAUACCGAUGCCAACCAGGCCUGUGACAUGGCAAGAAUUUAUCACAGUAAAUAAUCAUAAUCUCCUCAUUGUGUUCUCACACACACAGAGCCCUUAUCUCCCCUGAAGAUUCACAUGACAGCAGACUCCACCAGUCACAACUCAGCAGACUCUGCCACCUCCGAGGGGUCCUCUCUAGGAUUCAGGCCCGUGCCCAAGAAGAGAACCUUCCUCUCCCGGCACUCUCAGAGCUCUCUCACAGGCAGUGAUGUCUCCGUCCCUGGGCAGCAGGGUCAUCCAGCUGGGUCAAAGGUCAUCACCCCUGCCCCUCAGGGAAGUCUCCAAUAUGGCUCCAGCUGUGGCUCCAACCAGUCUAGCCAGGGGGCCUUGGACGUUCAGUCACAGAAAAUGUAUCCAACUCCCAUCUCUGAGUUACAGAACAAUGCAACUCCAGUAUCUCCCUCCAGUGAGCAACUGAACACUUUGAGUCACCUCUCCCAUAAGCCACUGAAGGAUUUAACCCUAGUCUACACCAAUACUGAGCUGGAGAGCGAGAAAGAGGCCCAUGAGAGAGAGAGGACAGCAGAGGAGCCCUCAGAUAACUCACUUGUCAGACCCCUAGUGAGGACCCCCUCUCCUCUUACGGAAACUGAGAGUUCCAAAGUUCCAUUGAAGCUCCUGAUUGAGCGAAAGCCUCUCAGACUGUUGGACCUUAGACCAGCCACACACUCUGAUAAUGACAGACACACAGAUAAAUCCUACACAGGUCGUCAGAAGAGUGAAGGUAGCGAUGGUCUCAUCCAGAGAGAGUUUGUCAGUGUGGGUCCUCCUCAGGGCAGAGAGAGGUCUGAUGGUCCAUUUUCAAAACCUCUGUCCAUACCACUCUCUCCGAGCUCAGAACUAACAGCCCCUACUCACCACCAGCCUUCUCAGCAUGCAGCCUUUCAACUCAUUGAGAUGCAGGACAAGGAGAUGAUAAGAACCCACAGUGUGGGCACCGCAUUCAGACAGGAGGACCUUAGUCUGCCUCCAAGCACUGUGGGUAAGUUCAAAGACAGAAAGUGAGAAUUCAUGGAGCCCACACUACAAUCUAAAACCAGUGUGAAAAUGAAUUCAAAGUAAUUAAAGUUCUUGGCCCAAGGGUACUGUUUAUACAUGAACGUGAUCAAUCAAUGGAAUUCUCACUAAUGAUGAAGGGUAUUACUAGGCCACUGUUGAAAUGUCUAAUCUUUAGUUUUUCAGCUUAUUUCCUCAUUCAUCAUAACACUUUUAUGAACUUUCUUUUUUCAGAUCAAUGGAAACAUCAUGAACUCCAUAACUCUGGGGAUAAGCCUGAUAAAUAUGUUAAUAAAAAACCAGUAGGCCACAAACCUGCCUCUAAAUCAGCACCACGUAGUCCCCAACCCACAGGGGAGGAGGGCAACUCCAUCGCUAAAGUCUUAGAGUGGUUCAGCCGCAGCACAGACAGCAACAACUGGUUGGAGACUGAGAGCAAUCAACCAGACAUGGAGGAAGACGUGAUUGGAUCUGUGAAAACAGAUACAGAUGAUCGGCCUACCUUUGAGAGCAGGUCUCAGCAGACAGAGAGGAAAGCUCCAGAUGUGAAGAGAAAGCUUCUACAUGUUGACCCCAGCCUGGAUAUGCAAAGUAUUGGAGAAGGAGUGUCAGUGUGUUUAACACCAGAGGUAAAGGAUGGAUCUCGGUCUGAAUCCUCUAUGGAUCAACCUCCGGACCAGUCACCUCUGAAUACAGAAAGAUCAUACCAGCCCAAGAUACGCAUGUCUGAGGCUGAGAGGCUGAGAGCAGCAUGUAGGAAGGAGUUCAAGCAAGUGAUGUUAGAUAGAGAAGAGGAUGUGAUAGAUAGGCAAGAGGAUGUGAAGAAGGUCAGUAUCCCUCUAGCCAAAGCUGCUGGAGCACAGGUCACAACACAGGAAGUCAAACAGAAGGAGGAGAUCCAAGAUGAGAACCAACCACCCAAAAUCUCCCACUUGAAGUCCUUCUGGGAGAAGGGCAACACUGGGCCCAAGAUACUCAUCAGCAGAUCAAUCACUGACAAAGGACAGAAACCAAUGGAGAAAGAGAAAGAGAGAGAACUAGCAGAGAAGUCUCAUAGAACUGUUACUGGCUCAGAGUCAUACGGUGUGGAGGGGUCAUCCAGGAAGAAUCUCAGGGAUGGAAAAGAGAAUGAACGGUUAAACCUAGAUACUCAACAAAGCGCUGCUAGUGUUCAGCCGAGUGUUAGCCCUUACAAACAGGAGGUAUACAGACCCAAAAACAGUGUUGUUAUUUCUCCCUCUAUAGAGAUACGUACACUGCCAACCUGGGAUGAUAGCUACACCCCUGGGGCUCAAAGUGAGGAGGACAAUUUGACUUUAACAGAAGAAGAUCUCAGAAGAUCCCCAAUGACAGUAGACAGAAGAAGCUCACAGGCAGAAAUACUCUACCUAAGUAGACUCCAUCCUCAGCCUGACACGCUGUCCCAGUCCAGACUCAGCCCAGAACGUCAGAGAUUCUCCCCAUCAACACUCAGUCCUCAGCCUGAACUGCUCCUCCAGCCCACAGUCAACCCCCAGCAUGUGAAGCUCUCACCUGCCAUACCAAAACCCCAACCUGAAAUGCCAUCCAGGGUCAUGUCCAAGUCCAGUCCCAAUCUACUGCCUGAACUACUCUUUCAGCCUACAACCAGCCCAGACUCAGAGAAGUUCGAUCAGUCUAGACACAAGGUUGGAAAAGAAAGUGAACAGUUUGCCCCCAAAACUCAGCAGAGCAAUGUCAAUGUACAGUCAAGUGUGUUCACUAAAAAACAAGACCACACCAUUAAAGAUAAAGGAAAUAGCCCACACACCCUGAAACAGGUUCCCCCUCGGCAGGACAGCAAAGCAGACAAUUUAAAGCAGCUCAAGUCCUUCUGGGAGCAGGAGAAGAACAGGCCUAUAUUUUACACUGGUAAAUCAAAAGAGGCAGGGGACGCCAAUGUGACUCAAACUCCAUCAUUGGCCCUAGGAAGGCUGAAUAAAAGGUUCACCAAGUCUGAGUUUGACCUGAGGUCAAUCUGCAAUGAAUCUGAUGUCGACCACGAAGGGGAUUCCAAUCUUUCCUCUGACAGAAAAAUACAGAAUUUCACAGUCUUCACAAUGGAUCAGAGACUGGAGAAGUCGUCCCCAGGCCUCGGAGCAAACCGCUCGCAGUUUAAGAAUCUCUGCAACUUCUGGGGUGAGGCCACUUUGAAUAGCAGUGGGCCGAUCUCUUCUGACAAACCCAAAAGCCCCAAAAAUAAGGAGCCAAUGGAUGCCCAGAACUCAACGCUGGAGUUAAAGCAAUGUGUUGACCCUGAUUUCUACAGCAAAUCUGCCUACAGUCAGUCACAAAAGGUCAGUGCUAGACCACCUUUGGAUGAGAGCCGGCUCAAGAAAACAUCUUCACCUUCUUCACCAUCUUCUCCAUCUCCCCCUCCAUCUUUAGUCAGGGGGAACAAAGACAGAGAGCACCAGUCAAGGUCUAAAUUGAUUGGGGCGGGUUCAGGAGCUAUGAUUGACACUAAAGAGCACCAGUCAAAGUCUAGAUCAGUUGGGGUGGGAUCAGGAGCUAUGAUUGACACUAAAGCCAACUUCUCACCUCAAAUCACCAUAGAGUCUGAGCAGCAAAGAGCCCCUGGUGUCCCCCAGGUAACAACGGGCUCAGAACAGGACUUCACCAAAGAGGAAAAGGCCCUGAAGCCCCAAAGCACCUCAGGAAAGGAAUCUCGGUCUCACAAAGCUAGAAAAGACAGUUCUGGAAACUCAAGUGGAAGUGGACGUGCAAGUGCCCUUCGGCGCGCCACCAGUAUGUUCACAUUAUACAUGAAUGAGGAACAGGACCAUACUUCUCUGUUGUACCCUAAAAAGACACUGAAUAUUAGUCCUGUCCAGCCCAAGAGGACACAGGGUAGACGACAGAGUGCUGACAAGAACACACCUCCUGGUCCGAGGAGGUCCUCAAAAUCAUCAGACGAGUCUGAAUCUCUGAACCCUCGCGCUCGGGCCUUUGUUCCCAGAGACUACCGCCAUUACCUGGGGUUUACAGAGAAGACCAGUGUCCACACUGCUCUGGCCCCGGCAGCGAAGGAGCAGAGGGAGGCAGAAGGCCCGCCUGGAGCUGAACUUGACCUGAGUGGUGGCCUUGUCAGAUCCAGCACCCUAGUGGGCUCAGAGGAGCGCUACAUCAGGAGGAGCAGCAAGAUAACCCAGCGCCCCAUGGCCCUCUGGUCAAACCAGGGCAGCAAUGACACCGGACGAGAGUCAUCAUUCAGUGCGUCUGAGAGAGCAUCGAGCAGCACGUCUGAAACUUGGUCCAACUCCAGGACCAGUUCAAACCGUGAGUUUUGAUGAUCUACACGAUAAUGCCCUGUUGUUUUAGUACAAGUGUUAUGUAACCUGUGAUAUAUCAUGAAAACAUAUAAUAGUUAUUUGUUUAUCUGGGUUCCCUGUGAAGUCAUCUUCUUGUAGAUGUUUUUGUAGAGGAGGCAGCAUCCAGGAUGCAGUGUCCUUGUCUGGCUAUAUGUGUCAGUGUAAAUAGAGUGUGUGCAGGUAAUCAGCUGCCUGUGUUUCAUUUGUGGGUUGAACGAUAUGCUUUUGUAACUUUAUUGACAUCACAUGGUGCUCUGAUAGAGCCAACAGCCUAGUAGCCAAGUUUUGCUUUGUUUGAGUUAGGCAUUCCUGUUCAGGAUACACCUAGAACUUUCUUGAGUUUACUUAUAUGAGUGUUGAUAUUUAUAAUAUAGCCAGUAAAACAAAUUAUUUUCUACAACUUCAAACAUAUUUUUCUCUUCCAACUUAAAAACUCUAGAGACGCUUUGGCUAUCUGUAAACAACAUUAUGAACACUUGCUCUUUCCAUGACAUAGACUAACCAGGUGAAUCCAGGUGAAAUCUAUAAUCCCUUAUUAAUGUCACUUGUUAAAUCCACUUCAAUCAGUGUAGAUGAAGGGGACGAGACAGGAUAAAGAAGGAUUUUUAAGCCUCGAGACAAUUGAGACAUGAAUUGUGUAUGUGUGCCAUUCGGAGGGUGAAUUAUUUAAGUGCCUUUGAACAGGGUAUGGUAGUAGGUGCCAGGCGCACCGGUUUGUGUCAAGAACUGCAACGCUGCUGGGUUUUUCACUCUCAACAGUUUCCCAUGUGUAUCAAGAAUGGUCCACCACCCAAUGGACAUCCAGCCAACAUGGGCCAGCAUCCCUGUGGAACGCUUUCGACACCUUGUAGAGUCCGUGCCCCAACUAAUUGAGGCUGUUCUGACUGCAAAAGGGGGGAGGGGGAGGGGGGUGUAACUCAUUAUUAGGAAGGUGUUCUUAAUGUUUUGUACACUCAGUGUAAAUGAUCAGUGUAAAGAGGCCACAUAUCAUGUUUAUUUUACAUGUCUAUGUGUGGUCUUUGUUGAAGGCAUCUCCAUGUACUGUAUGAGCAACUCUUUCUCUGUCUGAUAUUUUAGGUGAAAAUGAUGAUGAGGAUCAGGACCCUGUACAGAAGGCAUUGAAGAGAGCUCAGGCACGCCAACAAAAUCUGGCCAAAAGUCUUGAGGAUAUCACAGCAUCCAUGCCACCACGUGAGAAAUGUCCCUUGUCUCCUCAACCACUAUACAAGCAUUAUAGUGGUGCUGUCAGGAUGGCUCAGGUACCAGUAUUAAUGCAUGUUGGGGUGAAAAAGUCAUGCUGUCUUUGUUUUCCACCAUUCCCUACAGGACAAGAAAGAAGACUAGCUCCCCUUGAUGACUUCAGGCGAAGCAGUGAUGGUUAAGAUUUGUUUUGUACCUUUCUUGGACAUUUUAUUUGCCUUUGUGUCGAUAUUGGGUUAGACAGUUUAUACCAAGUAUAAUGUAGAAUACAGGCUUUUUAUUCUAUGUUGUAGAAUGCUAGCAUUGCUGGGUAAUUCAAUAGCUACAGUAAGUGAUCUGUGAUAAGGUUAUGAGAGUAUUAUGGAACCUUAAACAAUGAACCUCUCAUCCCUCUCUCUGUUCUGUCCUCCCUCAGCAUCCACCCUCCCCUCUCCCUCCUCAUCCCUCUACUCUGACACUGAACAUUUGAAGAAGAUGAGCAAAUCUGUUCCCUCGUUCCUGCAGAACGAGGUAAAGCCACAACAGCUUUAUUCCAUGCGAGCGCUUUAGGUCAAAGAACACUGUAUGUCUAUAUGUGCACUGGGCAUUCUAGCGCUGCAGUCUGUGUUCUAGAGCGAUGGCAGAGACACUGACUCCGCCUCUGAGAACAGUUACCAUGGAGGCAGGCGGAAGACGGGCAGAUCUAUGACUAACCUCAGCAGCUCCUCUGGCAUGGCAUCGGUGUCCUCUGUAUGUUCACGUCACGCAUGCCCUGCUAACACGCAACCACUGUUCACAUUCCAAGCACGCACAUUUUAUGCCUAACCAAGCUUAACUGGCAUUUUCUAUUGCCAACUAUCAUGAUUAUACAAUAUUAACAGUCUUAUUAAAUCUCUUAAUUGUUCCAUUAACCACACAUUUGAUAGUUUUUCACAUCAUGAUUUUAAUGAGAACUGCCUGAAAGGCUAUGGUUUUAUGUAAACUGUUUAAAAGGUUUUAACUCUGUGUGUGUUAGCUGAGUGGCAGUGUGCUGACCAUGUACAGUGGGGACUAUGGAGGUGUGGAGGUGCAGGGGAACAUCCAGUUCUCCAUCAACUACGUUCAGAAGCUCAGGGAGUUCCACAUCUUUGUGGCUCAGUGCCGAGACCUGGCCGCCGUCGACCCCAAAAGGGGCCGCUCUGACCCGUGAGUACAGUACCAACUAUUAUACUAGGCCCCUGAUAGAACUCCUUAUGGUCCCUGAAUAUUGGGAAUUCCUAAUAUAUAGCCUUGCUUUCUUAUUUACUACUCCAUGAUUCAUUGGACACUGCUGAAAUACAUGGUACUUUGUGUGUAUGAUUCUUGUGUUUCUUGUUGUAGGUAUGUUAAAAGUUACCUGGUACCUGACAAAGCCAAUCUAGGGAAGAGGAAAACAUCUGUGAAGAAGAAGACUGUCAACCCCAUUUUCAACGAGCUCCUCAGAGUAAGAGAGUUUCUAAAAACGUUAUAUGAUUUAAGUUGAAUAGAGAAAUGUAUGAUUACACAUAGAUCAGGUCUGACAUAAAGUGCUCUCUCUCCUGUUCCUUCAUCAGUAUCGGCUUCGUCUAGAGUACCUCCGAACUCAGACCCUCAUUCUCUCCGUCUGGCACCACGACACCUUUGGCAGGAACAGUUUUCUGGGUGAGGUGGAUGUGGACCUGUCCAAAUGGGACUUUGGCCACACCCAGAUGAACUACUUAGCGCUGAAAUCCAGGGUAAGAAAACAACACACCUGCUUUGUCUGUGUACUGGUCUCAUUCAAAAUAUUAAUCUAAGACUGAAAUCCAUCUCUAUGCUUUUGCUAUUUAUUUAAAUGUCUGUGCGUGUUAGCAUUCUGUGACAUGACAUGUUAUAUGUAUAUUGUGUGACAUGACAUGCUAUACACAGUAGGUUGUGGAGGUGUAGUUUGGAGUGUGUCCAGUGAGGUGGUGGUGCUAUAUAGUAAAUUGGGGUGUUCUCACUGUACUCUCUGUGCUGACUGUCUCCCCCUGGUCUCCUCAGCCCACCUCCAGUCUGCAGCCCUCAGAUGACAGAGGGGAGAUGAAACUGGCCAUACGCUUCCUGCCUCAAGUCUCCCACAGUAAGAGUCUGCAUGCCUCACAUGUCUUAACCGUCACCAGUGUCUAUAAGCAAUUUAUUAAAUAGAAAAGGUAUAUUUUAUCAAGAAAAUGUGUUGCUUUCGGUAACUAGUUACCAUACAUUAAAAUAUUACUUUUGUGCAAUAGAAAGAUACAGUGUACACAAGUUCACUGAAUCAUGCUUGAUUCUGACCACUAGGCCCAGGCAAGGAUCCCCCCUCUAACAAAGGUGAGGUUCACAUUUGGGUGAAAGACUGCAAGAACCUUCCCCUCAUCAGAGGGGCCACCAUCGACCCAUAUGUAAAGUGGUACGUACAACACAUGCCAUAAAUAAUAUCAACAUUUGAAAUGUAUGAAUUGCUAAAUAUGAUCAAGGACAACUACAGCAUCUGGGGAGAACAGAAAAUGUGGAGGCCUAUCAUAAGACAUAUCCCCUUCUUAGCCUCAAUUUCCAGCCUUUCACAUUUACUUUGUAAUAUUUCUGAAACAAUUGCCUGACUUGUGAGACUGCCUGACUCCUCCGUAGCUUCGUGCUCCCGGACACAAGCAGAAAGAGUCGUCAGAAGACGCGGGUGCUGAGGAGGACGGUGGAGCCGGUGUUUAACCACACCAUGGUGUACGACGGCUUCAGACAGGAUGACCUGAAGGAGGCCUGCGUGGAGCUGACCGUGUGGGACCGUGACAAGCUGGCCAGUAACCUCCUAGGGGGUCUAAGACUGGGGCCUGGCACAGGUACUAAUGGACUAUUCUAUUAUAUGAUUUUAUAUUAUAUUAUAGAUUUCUCCACAGAAACACAGGUACUGAACAUCCAUUUUAUUCCAUUGACUUCACUGGCUAAGCCUAGGUUCUCUCCAUCUCUCUCUACAGGCAGAAGUUAUGGGGCGGUGGUGAAUUGGAUGGACUCGAAUGCUGAUGAGGUAGCUCUAUGGGAACGAAUGAUGAUCUCUCCAAACGAAUGGGUGGAGGAUGUGCUGCCACUGAGAAUGCUGACCACAGCAAAGACUGUGCUGAAAUGA